GGUUCUCCUUCUUCUAGUCUCAGACUCCUCGGGUCUCCAUAUCCGUAGAGAAAAAACGAAAGGCAUUACCUUUGCCGUAAUAAAAGUUAAAAACAUGUUGUCGCGACUUGCUGCACGCAAUGCUCAAAAAUGGUCCUCCUUGGCAUCUAUAAGAUGCCAACCAUUCUCAGCUUCGGCAUCCGAAUUUGAAAGGCCUGUUCGACCAGAAUAUCCAUCUCCAGUGCGUCAUGGAUUUAUUCCAGAAGAAUGGUUCACAUUCUUCUACCCAAAAACUGGAGUAACAGGUCCUUAUGCUUUCGCUGCUGGAGUUUCUACCUACUUAUUAUCGAAGGAAAUCUAUGUCUUAGAACACGAAUUUUACAGUGGAUUGUCACUUGCCAUUGUUUUGAUCUACGGUAUCAAAAAAUUUGGACCAUCUGUUGCUGCAUUUCUUGACAAAGGCAUCGAUCAAUUGGAGAAUGAACUGGAAUCAGGAAGGACUAUGCAAAUUGAUACCUUGAAGGAGUUGAUUGAACAUGAAAAGAAGGAGCAAUGGAGAACUGACAGCCAAAAAAUGAUUAUGGAUAUCAAAAAAGAGAACAUUGCUAUGCAAUUGGAGGCUGCAUACAGAGAACGUCUGGCUCACGUUUACUCCGAGGUAAAGAAGCGUUUGGAUUACCAAGUACAAAUUCUGGACGUUGAGCGCAGACUGUCUCAAAAGCAUAUGGUACAAUGGAUUGUAGAUAGUGUGAAGAAGGCGUUUACACCUGAGCAAGAAAAGGCAGUACUUUCGCAGUGCAUCAGUGACCUCCAAGCUCUUCAAAAAGCUUAAAUAAAAUGUUUAUUUGUUAUAAAUUAAUUACGAUCAGAAUGAGUAAAUUAGAAAUUUAAAAAACUGUAAAAAAUGUCAUUUAGUCUACUUUAAUACCUGCACCGAACCUCCUAUAUUAAAUAUUUAAAUAACACAAAACUUAGAAUGCUUUGAACUUAUAAAGUUAAUUCAGUUUAGAAGAAAUAUGAUAUUUCUAUCUUAUAGAGAUAUUUUUCUUCGUAUAAAAUUCUUUUACUGUCAUUGCUUUUAUAACUAUAGCUGAGGCUAUGGCCAUUUGAGAAAAUUAAGAUAAAAAGUUUUAAAUAACUAUUAAAUGUAAUGAUCUAUGAAUAAUGGCGAAAUUGUAUCAAUUAUUCAAUAAAAAUGAAUUAUAUAUAUAAAUUAAAUGGUAAAAAAUA